AUGGCCUCUUCCGGAGUCAACGUCCUCCGGUACUCCGCCCUCGGCCUCGGUGUCGUCUACGGCUUCUACCACCAGCGCCAGAUCUAUGCUUCCGACCGCGCCGCCGCCGCCCAGCGCGAGUAUGAGCACAAGCAGCAAUUAAUAGCCCAGGCCAAGAAGGCCUACGCUGCCAAGCACAAGCCCGCUGUCUCCGCGUCGUCUUCCGCCAGCCAAGACAUCAACAGCUCAAGCUUCGACCUCGAGAGCUUCAUCGCCCAGCUGGACAAGGCCUAA